CUGCUCGGGGGCCGGGGGAGCUGCCGUGCCAACGGGACAUCGACCGGGGACGAGGGGACGGGAGGGGACGGGACGAGGAUGCGGGGUCUGGUGGCGCUGCUGGCGGCGCUGAGCUGCGCGGCCCCGGCGGGGCGGGCGGCGGCACCCGGCGGCGCCCUCAGCUCAAACGCCAUCAAGGGACCCCCUCCGGGGGGGGCGGCCGAGGCCAGCGCCGCCCCCGCCGCCCCCUUCGACGGCAGCAACAAGCCGCCGCCGGCCGCCACCCGGCAGCCUUUCCCCUGCGCCGAGGACGAGGACUGCGGCCCCGAGGAGUUUUGCGGGGGGGCGGCCCGCGGCGGCGGCGCCCCGCUCUGCCUCGCCUGCCGGAGACGCCGCAAGCGCUGCCUGCGCGACGCCAUGUGCUGCCCCGGCACGACCUGCAGCAACGGGCUCUGCACCCCCCCGGAGCUUCCCCACGGAGCUACCGAGCUGGACGAGAUCGGCACCGAGGUGCUGCCCCGACGGACACCCGCUCCUGCCUGGCUCCCCACUGCCAAAGGUGAGGAAGGAGACUUCUGCUUGCGUUCGUCGGACUGCGCAGCCGGGCUGUGCUGUGCCCGUCACUUCUGGUCCAAAAUCUGCAAGCCGGUGCUGCGGGAAGGGCAGGUGUGUACCCGGCACCGGCGGAAAGGCACCCACGGCCUGGAGAUCUUCCAGCGGUGCCAGUGCGCCGAGGGGCUGAUGUGCCGCCUCCAGCGAGAGCACGGCCCUGCUGACACCUCCCGCCUGCACACCUGCCAGAGGCACUGAGCAUCACCGGACGGACGGACGGACAGGACGGGACGGACUCCGGCCCCGCCGGAGCGGAAGGUUGUUUCUCAAGGGAACUACUAUAAGCGACUAAUUGCAGUACGUUACUGUGUUGUGAAUACUCGAGCUGGCACUUAGCUGUACAUAACGCCGGGACUUUUAAUGACUUCUUUGUUUUCCAAGGGUGCUGCCUUGUGCUCUUCAAGCCACGACUGUGACUUUGUACACACUGGGUUUUUAAAUCUAGGUCAAAAGGAUGUGACCGUCUGUUUGCAAGAGAAUAAACCGUUCUUUAAAACCAGCCUGAGACACCUGCGUGUCCCUGCCUGCGAGCAGCCACCGUGGUCCCUCCCUGCCCCACGGGAAGGGAGACGUGCCUUGGGGGGGGGGUGUGUCCAAAAAGAGAGUGGGGGUAGUGGGGUGGCUCAUCGCCGGCACACCACAGGAAAGGACGCCUGGUUAUCACCAUUUAUUCAGGUGGUUUUUAAGAAUCACGGUGUUCCGUGGUAGCCACUGAUACCCUCUGGCAGCUGGAUGCAGGGCCAAGGAUGAGCACCACGGCCGGGGCUCUGGGAAGGGCAGGCAGCAGCAAAACACCCUCCUGCCUGAUUUUUCCAUGGGGUGAGGAGGGAGCCAAGGAUCACCAGAGGGGCUGUGCUGGACCGCGGCGCGUGGCUGACCACAGGACAGGUGCUGAGGAGCACAGUGAUCCUGACUGCUCCAUCAGUGCAAUCUUUGCUCUAUGCACAAUAAAGACUUAUUUUUCACUUCA